AGACUGUCUACGUGUAGAUGCAUCGCCGCUGCCGUACGGCUGUGUAUCUUGGCCUUUUCUCUAUCGCUGCUUCUCUGAGAGCCGUCUUGGGCGGUCAGCACUUCGAGUAUGACGAAGGCCUAGGCAAGCUCGCAGUGAUUUACAGCAGCGCAGCGUACGACAGGGUGGAAGAGUGGGUGUUCGCCAACCCGGCUUGCAACGAGCAGACGAAAGGGUUCGUCUUCAUUGAGUCGUUCGUCGGCGAGCACACGGACGCGUUUGGCUUCGUCGGAGUGGACACAGUUGGCGAGAGGAUCGUUGUGGCUUUCAAAGGCACCACCGACGUACAAGAUUGGGUGACGAACCUACGAACUUGGAUACACUACAAUCAUCGCUGCGCGCCGGCGGGGGAGGCAGACACGGUCGCCGCCCCCACCACCUACCCAGGAGGCGAGGCCGUCGCCCCGGGCCAGCAAACGGCGGCGGAGGUAUCGCAAUCGUGUUCGCAUCAACAACAUCGGAGACGACCGGGGGGUCAACAGGCUGACUCACGGGCGCAAGAAGCGAAGGCCAGCGGCGGCCGCGAAGGGUGGGUUGAUGGCGGGCCUGCGGAAUCUGGAGCAGCUCCUCGGCUCGGGGGGCGUGAACCGUUAUCCGGCGCUGGGAUAGUCGGGGGGGAGGACGACAACAACAACAACAACAACAACAACAACAACAACAACAACAACCCAGGACCAUCAUCCGGAGUCGGGGGCAGGGAUCCGGCGGCGGCGGCGGCGGGCCACGGGGCGUCGUCCAACAAGGAGGCGGCCUCGCGAGAGCAUGGCGAGGACGACCGGCUGCUGAUCGGCAACGUGCACUUCGGCUUCUGCGAGUUCUACCAGACGCUGGUCGCCGAGGGCCUGGCCACCAAGGUCCUGCACCUCGCCCGCAAACACCCGACCUACACGAUUUUCGUCACGGGGCACUCGCUGGGCGGGGCGGCGGCGGCGGUGUGCGCGGCGGACCUGGUCGAGAGGCUAGGGGUGGCCAGCGAGCGGGUGGUGCUGUACACGCUGGGGGAGCCGCGCGCGGGGGACGGAGUUUUCGCGGACGGGAUCAACGAGCACGUGGGAACGGCCUACCGCAUCGUGCACGACAAGGACCUCGUGCCUCAUCUGUCGCUUUGCUGCCACGGUUGGCUCGGCAAAUGCAUAGGCGGGGAGGAGGCAUGCCCUUACCAGCACAGCACCGAGAUAGUGUACGCCAACGACAUGAGCGACGGAUCCCCCUGGAUUCAGUGCGACGACAUGGUCGGAGAGGACUACGCAUGCGAUCCCCAGGGUUGGGAUCUGAGCAUCGCGGAUCACGUCAGCUACUUCGCGCGCAUCGUCGGGCAGUACUGCAACACACCCCCAGAAGACCUCAAGCCCUUUCCUCUGCAGGGCCCAAGAAGAGGAGAAGGCCAGGUGGGCACCGUACGAGGCCGCUAUGCGUCAAGAAGAUGACGCCUACCGACCCAUGGAGAGGCUGCGGGACGCCUAGAAAGAUGCGCAGGGAUGUGGGAGGGCGAGCUUGCGGUGACGUGAGGAUCCUCUUGGGAAAGGCACACGGCCUUGUGAAGAAUGGAGGCGGCGGGAAGGUGGAAGCAGAGAUGGUGAGGGGACAUCCUGGCGCCUUCCCUGGACUCUACCGUCGUGAAGAACACCUCGCCUGUCUUGCACCAUACAGUGUGGGGCCGUCAACAACGCCGAUUGAUUUGCGCCCCAUGGCCCUGUAUUUUGCCUGUGAAGCUGCUGGGGUCAGAUUAUAUCACGAAGUGUUGUGUACUUUGAAUGGCGCCGCUCCUUUCUGAAAGCGCUGGUCGAUGCACCGGGCACCUACUGGCGUUUUGUUGAGGACCCCCCACUGUACCACGCCAGUUCAGAAAGAGUGCGGUACUCAACACGAACGGUUCCAUUUUUGUGGCGUGCCCGAGGGACUUGUGGUAUUUGGAUGCGUUGGUGGCGGACCGCGGUAUGGUCUUGUAUAUUGUACAAGUAAUAACUUUGGCUGUAUGUGUGGUGGUGGAACACUGACAUAUACAGUACGGUGGCGGGGUCGGUUCGAGGACGACGAUUUGGUAUGGUUUUUUGGGCGGGUGCCAACAUCCGCGCAUAGCGCAGUAGACAACUUCGGGGCCUGUAGCAACACGGGCGUUUUAGCUACGUGUGCCGGGUACCAUAUUUGCUUCGAGUGCAUUGCAGGGUGUGUUUGUGUGCGAGGGUCAAGGCGUGCGCGUGUUGCCUUUGUCGGCACGCGACGAAAAAAUAAUUUACAUAAAUGCACCCUUCAAGUAGCAUUCGUUCCUUGCAGUAGCGGGUUUCCGGAAUUGAUUGAGGACACACAGGCUUGAGCUCGCUCGCACGAGCGCGACGGGGAGGGGCACUAGUUGUUGUGUUUUGUGAUGUCACCAUCAUCGUGUUGGCGGCACUCGUUUAUUUUUGUUUGGUUUAACACGGGAAUGCUCGCAUCAUCUCUCGCGCAUGGCCACAGGCCAACGGCCCCAACGGCACAUCCGGAAACAAAAAAG